AUUCCCUGGAACUGGAGCUACAGAUGGUUGUGAGCCACAGUGCAAGUGCUGGGAAUUGAACUUGGGUUCUUUGUAAGAGCAGCAAGUGUUCUAAAUGGCCGACUCCAGUUUCCAGUCCCACGUAUAUGUUCUUUGAAUGAAGGAAGUGGUUUCAUGUCUGUGAAGGACAUGGACUGAGAAAGGACAAAGGAGAGACAUGUCCUUGGUGAGAUAAGAACAUAGGAAGACUUGAAAAGAAUGAGGACAAACUGUGAGGCCAGCAGAAAUAAAAGGCUCCUCACAGAGAUUUGAAAAUGGCCACAAACAAAAGCGUUGACAUCUUCAGCUCAGCGUCGCUGGCUGUGGAGUAUCUGGAUUCCCUGCUGCCUGAGAACCCUCUGCAGGAGCCCUUUAAGAAUGCUUGGGGCUACAUGCUGGAUAACUAUACAAAGUUCCAGAUCGCAACCUGGGGGUCCCUCAUAGUUCACGAAGCCAUCUAUUUCUUGUUCUCUUUGCCUGGAUUUUUAUUCCAAUUUAUCCCUUACAUGAGAAAGUACAAAAUUCAAAAGGAUAAACCAGAAAGCUUGGAAGGCCAGUGGAAGUGUUUGAAAGGACUUCUCUUUAAUCAUUUUUGUAUCCAGCUGCCUAUGAUUUGUGGAACUUAUUAUUUUACAGAGUUUUUCAGUAUUCCUUAUGAUUGGGAAAGAAUGCCAAGAUGGUAUAUGAUUUUGGCAAGGUGUUUGGGCUGUGCUGUCAUUGAGGAUACCUGGCACUAUUUCCUGCAUAGGCUCCUCCAUCACAAGAGGAUUUAUAAAUACAUUCAUAAAGUCCACCAUGAGUUUCAGGCUCCAUUUGGAAUUGAAGCAGAAUAUGCACAUCCUUUAGAAACCAUAAUCCUCGGGACUGGAUUUUUCAUUGGAAUUGUGCUUUUGUGUGAUCACGUAAUUCUCCUUUGGGCAUGGGUGACAGUACGUUUGCUGGAAACUAUCGAUGUCCAUAGUGGUUAUUACAUUCCUAUCAACCCGUUGAACUUCAUCCCCUUUUAUACGGGUUCUCGGCACCACGAUUUCCACCACAUGAACUUCAUUGGGAAUUACGCAUCCACCUUCACAUGGUGGGAUAGACUCUUUGGAACAGACGCCCAGUAUCAUGCCUAUAAUGAAAAGAUGAAGAAGCUUGGGAAAAAGACUGAGUGAAUUCCCCUCAUACACCUCUUGGAGAUAUGUUUCCUCAACUGGAGCUAGUAACUAACAUUGCUUCUGGGGAGCAGAAAUAAGCACGAGACUUGGCUGCUAAGUGAUAAAAAGAACAUUAACGCCCUUUAAUUAUCUUCCAGAUGGGAACUUUUCUACUUUACAUUCAAGUUCUGUAUAUGUGGGAAUAAAUAAAUAUAUAUAUUUAAGUACAGUUUUCAUGAGGUUUUAAAGGCCAUAUUGCUUAACCGCAUCAAAAGGUUUCAGGUGUUGGGGGAAGUAUUAAUGUGCAACUUAUCACUUCAUGCCACCCGCGGCUGAAGUUGACAUUGCCUUUUAAGCCUUUUACAUACGCUGGUCAGUUCAAAAAUUUUCUCAACAGUGAUGAUGGCCUUCUAGUUGACUUUAGACAUAGUGUUUUUUAGAAUUUACCCAAAUGAAAAUAUUGUGAAUUGAAUCUAUCAGCUGACAGAGCGAGUGACUGAAACCCCAUUCUGGUCUGGGGCUGACCAAUUUAGGACUAUUCUUUCUGUGAAGGAUUAUUUGAUUGUAGUAACUUUAUCUUGUAAAUUGACUCAUUUCCUACGUGAUGUAUAUAGAAUAUUAUAGUCUAAAAGAUUUUCAAAUUACUUGAGGUGUUUUUUAAACUGAGAGCUCAUUUCCGCUGUCGACCCUUGUUUUCAUGUGUCAAGUGUUCAUUGAAGUCGCGUCGUGAGCUUUGUGAAUUGACUUCUCGACUGGCACCCAGAGCUGUUGAAAUAAAUGUGAUUUUUGUCUAAGUCUCUGGUUUUCAGUUGUGAAGAUUAGCUGUCAUGUUUUAUUCUUAUAAGGAAAAGCACAGAAAUCAUUAAAGGAAGCUUUACAAUAAAGGAAUGAUUCCAUUUUUUACUUGCUAA